CCGUGUAGCGGUGUGAAUCUGUCAUAUGAGUGUAUCGCGUAUUAAUGAAGCUUUGAAUGGAUAUUUAAUAUCGAUCACACUGAACGGAUCGCAAUACAUCUCUAUAGGUCCCGUUAUUUCUCGUAGUCAUGCUGCUCGCUGUGUGCUCGCGGAGGCCACUGCUCAAUGCCCAUCUGAUCAGGCUCAGCGUCCGUGGGCUGUUCAGUGAAUCGGGGGUUUGGGAGCGCGACUAUAAGGCGGAGACACGGCGUCGGGUGGAGCAGUUGUGGCACGGCCGCAUACAGGAACAGUGGCAGAGAGAUGCAGCAGAUCAGAGCUCCCGGAAGAAGUUCUACAUCCUCUCCAUGUUCCCGUACCCAUCGGGUCGGCUGCACAUGGGCCACGUGAGGGUUUACACCAUUAGCGACACCAUCAGCCAUUUCCAGAGGAUGAGGGGCCAUCAGGUGUUGAACCCGAUGGGCUGGGAUGCGUUUGGUCUGCCGGCUGAGAACGCCGCCAUCGAACGAGGCCUGGACCCAGAGGACUGGACCAAAAGUAAUAUUGAGUCCAUGCGGAAGCAGCUGGACAGUCUGGGGCUCUGCUUUAAUUGGGAUCGGGAGGUCACUACAUGUCUGCCCGAUUAUUAUAAGUGGACUCAGUAUCUGUUCAUCAAGCUGUUUGAGGCUGGACUGGCCUAUCAGAAAGAGGCGCUGGUGAACUGGGACCCUGAGGAUCAGACGGUUCUGGCAGAUGAGCAGGUGGAUGAGAGCGGUCGCUCGUGGAGGUCUGGAGCUGCUGUGGAGCAGAGGCUGCUUAAGCAGUGGUUCAUCAAAACCACCAACUAUGCCAAGAGACACAUUUAUGUGGCCAAGAACAGCCUGACUGAGGUCACAGCCCUCAACGUGUUCACCGGCCGCGAGGUUCCAGUGGUGAUUUCCAGCAAGAAUGAGUUCGACGGACAUCUGGACACUGUGAUGGGCAUCCCAGAUAGCAGUGAGGAGGAAGCAGAGUUGGCUCAGUCUCUGGGUUUGAGCUGGAUUUCUGUUCUGAAGACAGAACAAGACGGAACACAGACUCUAAUAAACUCAGAUGAGUUCACAGGUCAAAGCCGGGCAGAAGCUUUUAACUCUGUUACCCAGAAAGCCCGGGAGAGGAACGCUGGUGGAUACCUCACUAGUGCCAAGUUACGUGAUUGGCUAAUCUCGAGGCAGCGCUACUGGGGCACACCCAUUCCCAUAGUGCACUGCAGCGCAUGCGGGCCUGUGCCAGUUCCAGUGGAGGAGCUGCCAGUCAUGUUACCUAAAGUACCGUCCCUCUCAGGGAAAGGGGCGUCGCCCUUAAAGAUGGCACAGGAUUGGCUGAGAUGCCAGUGUCCGAGGUGUAAAGGGCCGGCGGAGAGAGAAACAGACACCAUGGACACCUUUGUGGAUUCCUCCUGGUACUAUUUCAGAUACACUGACCCUCAGAACCCGCUGAGGCCUUUCGAGCGCUCGAGAGCAGAUCACUGGAUGCCUGUGGAUGUUUAUAUCGGAGGGAAGGAGCACGCCGUCAUGCACCUGUACUACGCACGCUUCCUCAGCCACUUCUGCAGAGACCAGGGCAUGGUUUCACACAGGGAGCCCUUCAGAAAGCUGCUGGUCCAGGGUCUGAUAAAGGGGCAGACGUUCAGGGUGGCAGAGACCGGCCAGUACCUCACGAAAGAGGACAUCGACUUCUCAGGUCCGGAGCCCAUUCAGAGGGACAGUGGCAGCCGACUGCAGGUCACAUGGGAGAAGAUGAGUAAAUCCAAACACAACGGGCUGGACCCGCAGGAGGUGCUGCAGCAGUACGGCCUCGACACCAUGCGCCUCUACCUCCUGUACGCCGCUCCACCCGAGCAGGACAUCUUAUGGGACGUCAAGACUGAUGCCAUCCCAGGCGUGUUGCGGUGGCAGGCCCGUCUGUGGGGUUUGAUCACCAAACUGAGAGCUGCACGCGAGGGUCCAGAGACGCCCAACCCGUCCGUCCUCAACAAGAGAGAACGAUCAGAGGCCAGGAAGAUCUGGGAGAACAAGAACUACGCCAUCACACAGUGUAAAUGGCAGGCCCGUCUGUGGGGUUUGAUCACCAAACUGAGAGCUGCACGCGAGGGUCCAGAGACGCCCAACCCGUCCGUCCUCAACAAGAGAGAACGAUCAGAGGCCAGGAAGAUCUGGGAGAACAAGAACUACGCCAUCACACAGGCGGACUGGAUGAUGCUCUGUGUGGAGCACUGGCUGCUACUAUGUGACGAUUUCCUGAAACCUCUCUCAGGUUUGUCUCAGGUGAGGAAUCCUCUAGGAAGUGUGCUGUUGGGGAAGGGAAGUGUCCUUCAGCAGCCGUGGCCCAGUGUGGACCCAGAGUACCUACAAACACCCGACACACUCCAGCUGUCCGUACGGAUCAAUAAUAAGGCGUGUGGGAGUGUAUCUGUACCUCGUGAAGUGGCUCAGGACGCACAGAAGGUUCAGGAGCUAGUGCUGAACAGCCCUCUGGGUGCCCGUCUGCUCUCUGAGCGGGUCAUUAAGAAGGCCAUCCUCUCGCCCAGAACGGCCCUCAUCAACUUUCUGGUGGACGAAUGACAUGAUGGGCCUUACUGGACUUCCAGAAUGGACCGUGCGUGAAAAGGCGCAGAUAUCCAAAGAGCCACAUCACUGAAGGAUUUUUGAAAAGUGAACAAAUAAGGACAUGGUGUACUGAGUAACUUUUCAGUUUUACAAGAUGUUCUUGUCGAGUUGAAAAUGAAAAUGGCUUUGCUCUUUGUUGCUAAAUAAAGAGGAUUUUAGGCAAUUUGCAGGUUAAUAGGAUACAUGUUUUGCCCUCAGCACCAACUC